GUCAUAGUUGUCAUAGUUGACUUGUCAUAGUUGUCAUUGUCAGUGUCAGUUCUGGAAAGAAUUGAUUGUUGUAUUGUAUUGUAUUUUAUUAGUUACAAGAUCCAUGUAUAUUGUUGCAUUUUGACACAAUUGCUUUUAUAGAUGUCAUAAUAUGCGUCGCCUAUAGGUAGGUACAAUGUUCGCCAGUUUAAAAAGCAAAAUAAAAGAGGAGACAGGCAGUGACAUAAGCAAAUUGACAAGCAGUUGGCGCACUGGUGCCUUUUUGGGCCGCAUUACAUUGAGAGAUGACUCGUCUACCGCCAGCCCCUCCAGCUCUGGGGGACAGGGAGACACAACAUCAGAUUCUAUAUCCCCACAAUUGGAGUCCUACCUAUCAGACCGCACUGGCGGGAGAGUGGACCAAGCGGCUCUGCAGGAGCAGUACUCGUCACAACUGGAAGCAAAGCUGAAAGAGAGAGAUUCAUAUUGGGAACAGAAAAUAGAGGAGUUGAGACUAUCUUUGGCAUCUGUUCAAGGGGAAGAAGCAUUGGCAGCCCAGUCGGUGGCGCGGGCAGCGCAGGCCGAAGCGGCAAAAGCAGCUGCGGAGCGCGAUGCGGCUCAGAAGCAAUUGGCGGAGUACCGGACGCGCCUGGCGGCGGCCGAACGCGCUCAGGAUCGCCUCGACACGCUUACUGAGGAGAUGGAGGUGUUGCGGCGGGAGUGGGCGCGCUCACGCAGCGCGGAGGGGGCGCGGCGCGACGAGGCGGAGGCGCGCGCGCGCGACCUGGCCGACGAGCUGGCCGUCGUGCGCGCCGCCGCCUCGCCCGCCUCCCACCACCACCACAUGCACGACGACGACAAACGCGAAGUAACCCCGACCGGGUGCGAAGAGUACGACCGCGUGAGUCGCGAGCGAGCCGUGUUGGCGCGACAGCUGCAAGAGGCCAAGAUGGCGCUAGCGGAUGUCAAGACCUCCUGGAGCGGCCAGAUCGCCUCGCUCGAAACGCAGGUGGCGCGACUGUCGCGCCAAGCCGGCGAAGAGGGCGUGGAACGGAGAAGAGUUGAGACCGAGAAGCAAGAGAUGCACGAGAAACUUCUCAAAACGGCGGCCGAAUUGGAGAAGGCCAAGCAGAAUCUUAUCAAUAGCGAAGCGAAGGUGGCGCGGCUGAACGGCGAGGUGCACUCGCUGGCGAUGGAGGUGAAGGGCCUGCGGAUCGCCGCCAACCACGAGGGCGAAAAAACAAUGGACCUCGAGAGCCGUAUUGAAGAACUGACUGAACAAAACCGUGAACUGUCGGAAGCGCUCGAAAAUGAACGGACACUCGUGAAGAUCCUUCGGGAGAAGAUUGACAAGUCGAACCGACUUUAUGACGAGACGAAAGUCGAAGUCAACCAUCUUAAUUCGGUGGUGACGGAUAUGCAACACGAUUAUGUAGAUAUGCAGAGGAAGUAUGACAAAGAAAAACGCGAAAAAGACGAGGCGCUACUACGCAACGCGCACAUGUCUCAAACGAUCGAGAUGAGCCAGUGCGACGUGCGGUACCAGGAGGACGAGAUAGCCGAGCUCAAGGCCAAGAUAGCUGAACUGGAGGCGCUCAUAGCGCAGCAUAAAGAGAAUCAAGCAGCAUGUAUGUUAAUAAAAGAAAACGACGAAUUGCGGAAGGCAGAGAUCGAGCAGCUAAAAAGGAAGAUCGACGAAAUGGCGGAAAGCGAAAACUCACUCAAAAAGAUUAUACAAGACUUAGAAACUGAAAUCUGUGAUAAAAAUAAGAAAAUUAAGACUUUAGACAAUCGGAUAUCUGAUAUGAAGAAAACACUACAGCGAGAACUCCAAAGUAGUAAACCUGAUCUACUGGCGGCAGAAGAACAAGACAUUAGCAGGCGAUACCUGAAGCACGUGGUGCUGCGGUUCCUGACGGCGCGCGAGCUGGAGGCGCGGCAGCUGACGCGCGCGCUGGCCGCGCUGCUGCGCCUCUCCGCGCACGAGGAGGCGCUGCUGCGCGACGCGCUGCCGUGUGCGCACACGCAGCGCUCCGGCCUCGCCGCCUGGUUCCCCAACCUCAACACCUGAUAGUGAUAAUAGACCCGCUCUAUCCGAUGUUCCACGUGUAUUCACUAGGAGAGGGGCGGAAUAAAAGAAAGUUCUUAGAACGGUAAAACGUGCCUGCGUAAGAUUCCCGUCGCCCGACACCGAUAUGGCCCGUCGGAGGCUUUAUCCGACGUUCAGUGUGUGCACUGCAUACGGACGAAAGUUUGUUAGGACGGUGAAAUGUGCCUCCGUGAAAGGGAAUCAUAUUAUAGCGAAAGGUUUGCUUAUUCGAAAAUAGUUGAAUGCACCUUGCAGAAAAAUUAGAACCUCUAACGUUGACGCCGCGGCGUCCCUACUAGCUAGGAAAUGAUGCGGAUUUGUAUGCUUUAGCACUUCUUUCUGAUUAAAACUGCAAGUCUAUAUGUGAAAUGUACACAAGCUUUGUUUGGAUAAUGGAAUUAAAUUGCAAAUUAACGCGGAUGAAGGAACAUAUUUGGACCAACUAAAACAAUUUAAACUGGUCAAGCGAUAAGAAUGUGUCGCAUGAAUGUUUUGAUAAUUCAUGAUGUUUUGCAUAUUUCCUACAUGUAAUAUGCUGCCUCAGUAAAUGAUAUUGAAUUACAUUCCAUAUUGUUAUCCUUCGAAUACGUAUGUAUUGAUAUGAUAGUCAAAACUUUUAGUUAGUGUUACGAAUGAUUCGGUCAUAUUGUGUUUUAUGAAAAACAAAUUAUAGCCAGCUUGAAAUGAAUGUAGUAUGAUACCUUUGGGUAUGGUACUUUACGCACACUAGCGUCCUAUCCCCUCCCCCUGACGCCACCUCCCCCUUUUACCAUGAAAUGUCCCCGUUGACGGUUUAUUUUUAUUUUUUGGGGAAAGUAUACAUUAUAGGAAAAAAAUGUCAAUCAAAGAAGUAAUCCUUAUUAAAUUCUUAACAAAAAAGGUUAUAUUCAUUUUUUUAUAAAUAAAUUCAUGUUAUAGCUAGAUGAACUUUAACAAAAUUUAGCCGUUGAGCAAGCUGGUUCUCCCCAUACGAUUUCUGUCAGUACUGUUAUAAUAAAUAAAUUGAACUUAAGUUAAUACAUGAAUAUGGUGAGUUUUACCAAAAGUUGCAAAUAACCUUUUUUGUUUAAAAUUAAUUAAGGAUUAUUUCUUACCUUAAACCGGGACAUAUUUCAUUCUAAAAGGGGGGGUUGCGUCAGGGAGGAGGGGAUGGGAGGCUAGUGUGCGUAAAGGCCGUAAAGCACCAUACCCAAAGGUAUCAUACUAUAGGUACAUUCAUUUCAUGCUGGCUAUAAUUUGUUUGUCUCCCCCAUACAUUAGAAGAUUAGAACAUAACUUUACCGAACAGGACACAAAUUAUUGUCACGCUUGUGUUUAUUGAGAGUGCCUAGCACGUGUAUUAUUAUCCGCAUCACAAAUACCUUCAACAUAAUUGUAGAUUUUGUAAUUAGUUUAGAAGUGGAAUCAUAGAAAUAGAAAGAGAAAUAACGUGCUGCUAAUUUAAUAAACAGACAAGGCGGGUGCAUUGUUGAGCUGCUCGGUACUGAUUUCAUAGUAUUAUUUUAUAUGUAUAUACAUUUAUAUAAGCAAUACGCUAACCGUAGAAUUGUUAUGUACUUAUACUUAAUCAUUAUUUUCUUAAAUUAUUUAACCAUUUAAUAUGAGUAGCAGUCUCGAAUAUUUUUGUUUUUAGGACUAAUUUAUGGAGUAAAUGUUUUUUAUGAAUGACGAAAUAGAAUCGCCUUAAUAGCUAGUCAUUGAUUGAAAUCAUCUUAAUUAUUUUCGUGAACAAAUAAAUAUUUAAAAAAUUAAAUAUCAUUUGAUAUGAAUAUGUAAUUACUUGUUGUUGAUCAUUUAUUUUUGUAUUAAUUUGUUUAAGGUACCUAAUAAUAACCAUAUACCCUUCACAUCAGUGACGUGACUUUCCUUGAGUUUAAAAAAAGUUGAAAAUGAAGCAAGUAUCACAGGCGUCAGAUUGUUACAUAUAGAUCUACUUAGGGUUAAAAAUAAUUAAUGUGACCAAUCUGUAAAUUGCCUAUCACUGCCCUUUAGUACUUUGUACAAUUUACGUUCAGUUUUUUUUGUGUAAAAUAUGAGUGCUGCUGAAUAAAAAAAAAUGUUAUUGCUUGCUUAUAACAAUACGACGGUAAAUAUUAGAUAGGUAACUAAAGUUGAACCCGACAAGUUAAAAUAGUAGGCAAAUACGUUAAAUACUGCUAGGUAUAUGUCAUAUACAGUAGAAAAUGCAGUAGCACUAUCAUAUUGGGUCUAGUAUUAGCUUGUUCGACAGUUAACUGCGUUAGAAGAGUCUAUAUUAAUCAUAUAAGAAUUCAGAUUAUAUUUAUUUGCUUUUGCAGAGCAUUUGUUUUACUCAGUAUUCUUCGUGGUAAGUAACUUGUAUGUCCAGAUCAAGAACAAUAUGUAUUAACAUGUCCGUUAAAACACGAUUCAAUUCUGGCCUUACGAAGUUAGAAUUGCGGGCGCGUGACUACUAUUGUUCUUGAUUUGGGCAAGAUCAAAAACAUUGUAACUAUAAUGUUCUAUUAUUUUAUUUACACAGUUGGUGCAGUCAUAUGUGACGUCAUUAAAAUAUGUUUUAGCAUUUAUUACGAUCAUUAAUUGUUAUUUGAGCUUGUAUAGAAUAAAUACGAGAUAGCGAAUGUGUAA